AUGCGGCCAGAGGCUCCCUACACCGCCGACCACGGCCGCCCGAAAGGACAGGUGUUAGCGAGCCCCGAGAUUAAGAGUGUCGGGGGCCCGGGCAGGGGCCGGCCCUCCUCCUACCGGGCCCUCCGCAGCGCCGUGUCCAGCCUGGCGCGUGUGGAUGAUUUCGACUGCGCAGAGAAGAUCGGGGCCGGUUUCUUCUCUGAGGUCUACAAGGUUCGGCACCGACAGUCGGGGCAAGUCAUGGUGCUGAAGAUGAACAAGCUCCCCAGUAACCGGAGCAACACGCUAAGGGAGGUGCAGCUGAUGAACCGGCUCCGGCACCCUAACAUCCUCAGGUUCAUGGGGGUCUGUGUGCACCAGGGGCAGCUGCACGCUCUUACGGAGUAUAUGAAUGGGGGCACCCUUGAACAGCUGCUGAGCUCCCCAGAACCCCUAUCUUGGCCAGUCAGGCUCCACCUAGCACUGGACAUUGCCCAAGGCCUACGGUACCUACAUGCCAAAGGUGUGUUUCACCGAGACCUCACAUCCAAGAACUGUCUGGUCCGAAGGGAAGACCGGGGCUUCACAGCUGUCGUGGGUGACUUCGGACUGGCUGAAAAGAUUCCUGUGUAUAGGGAAGGGGCAAGGAAGGAGCCGUUGGCUGUGGUGGGCUCCCCGUACUGGAUGGCUCCAGAGGUGUUGCGGGGAGAGCUGUAUGAUGAAAAGGCUGACGUCUUCGCCUUUGGGAUUGUCCUCUGUGAACUCAUUGCCCGAGUACCUGCGGACCCUGACUACCUGCCCCGCACUGAGGACUUUGGCCUGGAUGUGCCUGCUUUUCGAACACUGGUGGGAAAUGACUGCCCGCUGCCUUUCCUGCUUCUGGCCAUCCACUGCUGCAGCAUGGAACCCAGCACCCGUGCCCCUUUUACUGAAAUCACCCAGCACCUGGAGCAGAUCCUGGAGCAGCUGCCUGAGCCUGCUCCCCUCUCCAAGACGCCCCUCACUAAGGCUCCCUUGACGUACAAUCAGGAGUCUGUUUCAAGAGGAGGUCCCUCUGCCACACUUCCCAGGCCAGACCCCCGGCUCUCCCGCAGCCGGUCAGACCUCUUCCUGCCACCUUCACCAGAAUCACCUCCCAGUUGGGGGGACAAUCUAACACGAGUCAACCCCUUCUCACUGCGGGAAGACCUCAGGGGUGGCAAGAUCAAACUCCUGGACACACCCUGCAAGCCGGCCACUCCAUUGCCCCUGGUACCACCAUCACCACUGACCUCUACCCAGCUGCCCUUGGUGACCACUCCAGAGACCUUGGUCCAGCCUGAGACCCCUGCCCGCCGCUGUCGCUCACUACCUUCAUCCCCUGAGCUCCCCCGGCGGAUGGAGACUGCACUGCCAGGUCCUGGCCCUUCCCCCGUGGGCCCUUCGGCUGAAGAAAAGAUGGAGUGUGAGGGCAGCAGCCCCGAGCCAGAGCCCCCAGGGCCAGCUCCCCAGCUGCCGCUGGCUGUGGCCACUGACAACUUCAUCAGUACUUGUUCCUCAGCCUCUCAACCCUGGUCUCCCAGAUCAGGACCUCCCCUCAAUAAUAACCCCCCUGCCGUGGUGGUCAGUUCCCCGCAAGGAUGGACUGGGGAGCCCUGGAACCGAGCACAGCAUAGCCUUCCCCGGGCAGCAGCCCUGGAGCGGACAGAACCCUCGCCACCCCCAUCAGCUCCUCGGGAGCCCGAGGAGGGCCUGCCCUGCCCUGGCUGCUGCCUUGGCCCCUUCAGCUUUGGCUUCCUAUCCAUGUGCCCCCGCCCCACCCCAGCUGUUGCCCGCUACCGCAACCUGAACUGUGAGGCGGGCAGUCUUCUCUGCCACCGAGGGCACCAUGCCAAGCCACCCACACCCAGCCUGCAGCUGCCUGGGGCACGCUCUUAGCAGUGAGGCCUGCGACCUCAGGCUUCCAGCCUUGGCCUUCAGGAUAGCCUGUAAGGACAGUGCACUUGCUGGACAAUGCCAGCCCCAGAUGGGCUGGCUGGAUCUUCUCCCCGUCUAGGGGAGCCUCAGCAUGGUCCCAAUGGACAGAGCACUUCCUAUCUGACCCCUGGGUUCGCCUUCCCAUGGGGAUCACUGAACUAGACACAGCAUUGCUGACACACAAGACUAACACGUGCAAAUUAUUUAAAAAUAUUUCAAUAAAACUGCCUGGCUGGCUCCGGGCCAUCCAUCCACUCA